AUGAGCGCCUUUACUGAGCGCCCCCGAUGCUGCGUGCACAGGUCACGCACUGCCUCCUUGAACCGAGAUUACACCGCGCCUCACGCCGGCAGCGCGGCCUCCCCCCGGUACUCGCUGGCCGCCCGCACCAUGACCCCGGCGGCGGCUUUGCAGAGCUGUCACAAACGGCCCGGAAAGAUUUUGGAGAAGACUGGACUUUGCAGUCAAAUCACUUUUGGCCGAUACGUGCGACAAGGACGGAAACUAGGGGUGGAUCCAAAGCUCUUUAUCUGGGAUCUGCAGUUUAACAAAGUACCUGUGAGGGUUUAUCAGCCUAAAGCUACCUCUGAUGGGCGAAGGAGAGGUAUCAUCUUCUUUCAUGGAGGAGGCUGGGUAUUUGGAAGUCUUGAUACCUAUGAAAAAGUAUGCCGCUACAUAUCCAGAGAAAGUGAAUCGGUAGUUGUAUCUGUUCAGUAUCGUUUAGCUCCUGAACACAAAUACCCUGCUGCGUAUGAAGACUGUCUUAACGCCACCAUACACUUUAUGAAGAAUAUAGAGCACUAUGGGGUGGAUCCUGCCAAUGUAAUUGUCUGCGGGGACAGUGCUGGGGGCAAUCUGGCAGCUGCAGUUAGCCAGACCCUUGCAGGUAGAUCAGACCUCCCCAGACUACGUGCUCAGAUCUUGAUCUACCCGGGCCUUCAGGCACUGGACUUCAAUUUACCAUCCUAUCAUCAAAAUCGAGGAGUCCCUCUCUUAUUCCGAGAACGUGCCGCUUUCUUUGCUUUGCAGUACCUAAAUGGGGAUGCAUUGCAUAUGCAAGAGGUCUUGGAGGGCUCUCAUAUUCCUCCAGAUAUGAGGCUGAAGUACAGGAAGUGGGUGAGUCCAGAUAACAUCCCCGAAAAAUUUAAGGUCAGAGGUGUGAAGCCACUUAGGCCCACUGAUUUUAUAGCUGAAGUUUAUGAGACAGUGAAAAGAUUUUGUGAGCCCAACCUGUGUCCGCUGUUAGCCGAAGACGCUAUUGUUCACCAGCUGCCCGAGUCUUUCAUCUUGACUUGUGAGUAUGAUGUGCUAAGAGAUGACGGCUUGCUUUACAAGAAGAGACUGGAGGACAACGGUGUUCGAGUGACCUGGUACCACCUUGAGGAUGGAUUCCAUGGAAUCAUAAGCCUAUAUGAUUAUUGUGGUUUCUCAUUUCCAGCUGGAAAAAGGGGAUUGGACAGUGUAGUUAACUUCCUAAAAAGCUUAUAG